AUUGCAUGUAAAUCGCUCGACCUUAACUUAUAGUGUUGACACUUGUAUUUAGCCCUUUCAACGCAAACAAAAACAAAAGAAUAACGAUAUGGUCCGCCUCAGGACCUCAACGCCCCCUUUAUCCUCAGACGCUUUUCGGCUCUUACGCAAAACGGUCAUGCCGUCAGAUAGUUCAACUUCGUCAUCUUCGGAAAGUGAUUCUUCAGUCUCUCGCCGUUCUCGUCAUUCAAAACGAGAGCGUCGUCCAGCCCAAGAUAGGCCGGAUCGUUCUCGCAGCCCACGUCGCGGAUCUCGAGCUCCAGACGAGGCAGAACAGGAGAGGUUGGAGCGUGAACGGAGGGAACGGUCUAGAGAAAGGUUGGAGCGAAUCGUGGAAGAAGAUCGUUUAAGGAGAGAGCAGUCAGAAGAACGGCGAGCUCAGCAAGAUCAGCCAGGAGAUAGGCAGCCAGUUCAGCCGCCGGGUCAAGAAUCGAAGCAGUUCAAAUUCACGGUGGCCAGGAAGAGAAUGAAAGUCUUCAGGAACUGGAUGACAACCUCUUUAAGCGCGCCGGAAGCCAGAAAUCUUCGUGAUAGUUUCAUUCCGAGUUUCCCUAACUCUGGUUUUGAUUUAGUUUGUCCCCAGGUAGACUCUUCUUUUUCGCGCCGCUUCAAAGACAUUAAAACUCCAGAGAUGUCCAAGGCGGAGGCUACGGAAAGGUCCCUGAAAGCUGAACAGUAUAAAAUUUUGGAUGUAGCGCGUCCGCUUUUAUUCCUGAGAGAAAAAAUUGCGGAAUCCGCAGAUUUGAAAGAUUCUCCAUUGGCAGAAGCAGCGGAUACGGCCCUGCGUCUCUGGGGCCACACGUUUCACAAUGUGACUACCAGCCGACGGGAAAACUUGCUGAAAGUUUCGGAUCCGAAAUUUCUCUCCUUGUUGAAGGAGCCCCACCGUUUCAAGCCGCGGGAGUGCGCUUCGCUUUUUGGUCGACGCUUCAUCAAGAACAUGGUGAAGGAGGCAACAGACGACCAAACUCUUAGAAGCAUUAGUAGCAGCCAUGGCUCGUCAUCAAGGCCUAGAGCGGGCAGCAGCGGUUAUCGUGGCUCCUCAAGAUCUCAUCGUGGAGGAAAUUUCGGUCAAGGAGGCUAUAGCAACGGCUAUAACGGCGGAUCAUCCGGCACCUUUAACAGGAGCAGAGGAAACCACUCAAUCAGAUCUGCAAUCCAGAUGGAAACGGGAGUCCAGCGACUGGAAGCUCAAGACGUCCAUCUUUUCCCAGCUGUCGGAACUGUGGGCACCGGAAGUGGAUUUAUUUGCAUCCCAUUGGAACCGGCAAGUGGCGCGGUUUAUGAGCUGGAAUCCCCAGCCGGAAUCGGUGGCGUUGGACGCUUUCACUCAGAAUUGGAAGAAUCUGAAAGGAUACGCGUUUCCCCCGUUCAAUCUGAUCCACCGAUGCUUGAUCAAGAUCAGGAGGGACAGAGCGGACGUGCUGAUGGUAACCCCAGUGUGGCCGUCCCAGCCGUGGUGGCCAACGAUUUUGGAGCUGUCCUGUCGGCCGGCCCGCAUUUUGAAACCGAGCGAGGACCUGUUGCUGGACGUGACGGGCACCAGCCACCCACUCCUAGUGCGAGGGUCCCUCCUGUUGGCCGCAUGGACCUUAUCAGGCGACGAUAUGAAAACCGAGGCCUUUCGGAAGGAGUGGUGCAAUUACUCCUGGCCAGCAAUCGCGAAACCACAUCAGCUACUUACAAAAGUGCCUGGAACGUUUGGUUCCAUUGGUGCUCUAAGAGGAGUGAAAAUCCCUUGUCUCCUACUCUAAAUUUGAUUUUGAAAUUUUUAUCGGAUCUUUUCGAAGAAGAGGAAGAGGAUUUGGCAGUAACCAACAGAAAAGGUGAAGAGUUGGCCUACUCUUUCGGAUCAGCGGCCCUGAGAAGAUUUCCCGAGCCUUAA